GGUGGAUUGCUCUUUGUAGUUAUCGUAGUAUUCUGGUUGCUUUCUUCGAUUCUAUCUAUCUUCCCCAUCCCGAUUGUUUGAGAUGGUGGCCGGCACCGAUGCCUCGUGUGAGGCGACCGACGCACCGGAGCAAACGAAACAGAACCAGCAGCUUCAACGCAAAAAGGUGAAGCGGCAGGGCAGUGGCAGCAUGUCCAACACAGAGCGGCCGUCGUCGCCGAUCAAAUCCAUCAAGAAGUCGAUCCGAAACCGGCUCCAGAGAAUUAAGGACGGAAAGGAAUCGAGGCAGAGGCAUUCGCAGCGGAACGGCCUCCGAAGCCGUCCUAGCAAGGAGGAAAAGCAGGAAAAGACGCAGGAGAAAAAACAGCUACAGCGUCAGCAGCAGAAGCCGCAGCAGAAGCAGCAUCCGUUCAAUGCUACUCUGUCAAAGCAGAAGAAAUCCCCACAAAACGCGGUCGGCAGCAGCGGCAAGAAGCAAAAGGUCCCGGCUGCUUCUUCUGCAAAGCAAGUCAGCAGCAAGAGCAACAACAUCAGCGAAAGCAACGCGGCCACUGCAAACAGAAACACCAAGCCAUUGGUCAAGAACUAUAUCUCCCCCCCUUCGCAGACAUUACAGGCGUCGACACGUACCGAAGAGCGGCGUGAAGAAAAGUCUCCUGUUCGGAAUCGUAGGGAGAAGAGGAACAAGAAAACGAAGAAGCAUCCCUCCCAAGACGCCACAACCAAGCAGAGGAACAGCUUUCGAUCUUUCUCCGAGUCCUCCGAUGAUUACGAUUACUCCGACCAUACCGGACUUGGUGCCAACCGCACCUACGAUUCCGUCGGAGACGAAGAAGACGACUACUUUGAUCGGCGGUAUUCCCGGUCGUACGAUACCCGCGGAUGGAGCUACAGCACACGCACCGGCUCCAGAUCCUCCUCCUCGUCAUCCUCGGACGGAUCGUAUGAUUCGUCCUCCUUCGACGACGACGAAAGCACCAUCUCGGCCACCAAGCGCACAAUGCGGAUGGCGGUGCACCGGAAUCCCAGCGACGACGCGAGCAGCGGCCGAGGCCGGAGCCGAAACCCGAGGCGGAGGCCUCCCCCGUCUUCCCCGAGGGCACGGGAGGACCACAUUUCGAGCCCCCGCCGGAAUCCCCGCAUGCAAACCAACCGGUUCGUUGACGACGACUAUUACUACGAGGGCACCAACACCAACACAGACGACGAGAGCCAGAGCUGCUACAGCGGGCUCAGCAGCGGCAACGAGUACAGCCGGAGCUGCAGCAGCGGCGUGACCUCCGGCGGGACUUUCGAAACCAACGACGACGACGAUUACUCCUCAUCCUCCUCCAACGACGCCGACGAGAGGGACUUUCGCAAUCCCGGAGGCGGACGCCGUGGCUCCAACCCCCACCGCAAGCACCCCGUCUCGGACGACGAGGACCAGAGCGAGUGCUGGACGGAAGCACCGGUUCGCACCUACGACAGCGAGGAAGAAUCCGACCGCAGCAGCGGUUCCUACUCCAAAAAGAACCACGGCCAAUGCGUCCUCGAUCCCGUCACGACGUACGAUUGCGAGGAAGGAUACGGAAACGGGAGCGGUCUGGGACUUGACCUGACCCGCACCCAAACGGACGACCAGACUUAUACCUCCCGGGACAUCGAUCCGGAAGAGUUUGCGGCCUUUGUGCAAGAACAGGAAGCCGCGGAGCAGCGAGCCGAAAGGAAGAAGAAAGACAAGAGCGAGGGAAAGGACGCCGCUGUCGGUUCUGGCGUGUUUUCAUGGAUCUUUGGGGGAACAGCAGAAACCACCGAGCCAGAGGAACGAACGGCGCCGGCAUCUCCGGCACGCCGGGGCCGUUCCCCGGCCCCGGUGAGGUCGCCGCGAGCCCACCAAGGGGACACAGACCGUCGCGCCUUCUUCGACGACGAGAUCCGGGAACGCUCCACACGCGACUCGGCAGGCCGGGAGGGGUGCGGCUUUCAGAUCGAUCACGUUCUCAACGGUGGAGACAGCAUUGCGGACUCAUACGGUGGCCUCCGAGAGGGAGAGUUCCUGCUUUCCAAUCGCGAUUCUGCCGCCACCGAGCCCGGCCACUACGGAGGAACCAGCGAGAGGAUGCACUCGAUGGACAAGGGAAGAUCCGGAUCCUUCGGCGCAAGCGGAACCAACAACGCAAGGGCGUCUCUCCCCCCGAGAUCCACUGCCGCAGAAACACCAUCUCCUGCUGAAGAGGAAGAGGACGAGGGCUCUUCUUUCUUGUACUGCUGCUUGUCGCCAAACCACUCCUUUGACAAACUCAAAGACGGGACCGGCGAAUCCGGGCGCCUUCCCCCGUCCUCCGGAGCCCUCCGGGACGAGUUCGAACAAACCGCCGUGAUCGAAGAACCGUCCUUCGAGAAGCAGCUCGGCUACCGCGAGGCGGAGCAAGCCUUUGCCCCCGAAUACGACGAGGCAACCCUUGCAUCGACCAUCUUCACCGAAGCAAACCAGGGGAGCGAACCGAGAAACCCGCGAUCGCCAUCGGGCUCGUGGCACCCUCGCUCUACGUCUGGGUUCGAUCCGGAAGGCGCUUCGCCGUGUCCGUCCACCCAUCGAUCGUGGGAUGGGAACGAUGCGGGUGAAAUGGGCGAUGCACGAUACCCCCGAAACGAAGCGGAGAGUUGGACGGGCCCUGUCGGCAACACGGAAGAGUACGGCCGAGGCCAGGAUUGCGAUGCGGAACAAAUCGAGAUGGAACUCGGAUCCUACCAUCCCGAUCCCGACCACAUUUCUCUUUCCUCUAACGACACCGAUUCAUUGACUUACAAUGGAGAAGAGGAGGCGGCAAUCACGGAACAAGUCAAGACCACCGUAAAGGCAGAAUGUCUCGAGGACUACGAUGUUUCCAAUGUUUUGCAUGGAAAACGAUCGUUCAAGUCGAAGACAACCGAGGACGGCAGCUCAAUCCUCCCCUUGCACUCUCCGAGCGAGAGAAGAGAACGCAGGAAGAACGCCAUGAAGGCGCACCGCGACUUUCUCUACAACAUGUCGACCAGUGCAAGCGCGUGCAACACGGAAGACCAUGACAGAAACGACGCUGACGACGCCGAAGGCGCCGUGGAACCAGGGGAAGAGAACGGCUCCGACCAACACGAAGGCGAAGUUGCUGUCGAGACACCCGGAAUCGCGGGAAGCAGCAGCAGCAGCGGAAGCAAACCAAACUCGAUCGUACACGACAAUGCCGGGCGUUCGUCCGAUGCCGACAAGCCCGAUGACAUCAUAGGACUGGUUCGAAAUGCGUUCACGGUGAUGAUUUCUUCGAAGACCGAGGACGAGGCCGAUCCUGAAGCUUCUGUCCUCAACGAAAGCAAGCCGGAUCUUCAAGUCGAUCAAGAGACAGCAGGCCUUCCGCUUGCCCAGGAGGAAGCAAGUACAAGCGGACCACAAUCGUCGGUAGAAGAGGCUCUGAAUGCCGCCUAUCGGUUCUUUGCACCCUCUCAGGCCGACGAGCCCCUGAUCAACGAACCCGUGCAUGGAGAAAAACAGAUCUUGCAGUGCACAAACUUUGAGCCGAAUCCCGUGUCCCGUCCGGAAGCGACCGUGGAAGACCCGGUGCAAGAAUUCCCUCCGGAAGAAACCAUCGAAGAAAAAAACUCGAUCCAUUCGGUAUCCUCGACCCCUUCGGACGAAGCCGUCACGAACAAGCUCGAGCUUCCGAAGAAGCCGAAGGCGAUCAAGGAUGUUGGUUACAACGUCGAGGGGAUUCCGCUCGAGCUGCGACCGCAGAAGAUCUGGAGAGUUCCUCCCUCUACUAUGAUUGCGGAGGAAGAAAACUACAUGUCACCGACGUGCGCCAAAGAGUCGUACACGGCUCAGAUUGCAGAAGCCCCUGCUUCUCCACCGGAAUCGAUCCGGGAUGCCGGUCGUGAGCAAGCCGAAGACGCUUCUAUCGCGGAGCAGCAACAUGAACCAUCUCCUCCAUCGGACCCUGUUCCAUCACAGAUGGAAUCGGAUAUCGAUACCAACGACAAGAAAUUGGGACGUCAUGCCCAGAGAUUUCGCAGAGGGAGAGAUUUGAGACGAUUCAACCGUCGACUCCAACAAGGCGAUGGAGAAAAGAGACCCGUCCCAACGAAAGAGCCAAGCCUUCCCGCCGACCCUCCCGAGAAACAGUAUUCAGAUACAAGCAACCCCCGCGUUCAGCGACCACACAGAGAUGCAGUACCGUCACCAAUCGUCGCUGGUGGAGGAGAAACCACCCGGGACACAGCGGCGGGCGCUCUUGCCGCUCCUUCGAUGCCCGAUCCCGUGUCGCCACGGAGCAACAAGGCCGAUUUUGUGGUCGGUUCCCGCAGGAGCAACUUGUCCGAGAUCCGGUCACGAAUCAAGCAGCGACGGAAAUCGAAGCUGCAGAGCCGCCACCAGGCGGAGCAGCUGUCGCCACUGAACGGGCGGCGCGACGCGGCUUCGCCCCAACGGAUCGUCUCGAAGCACAACACCGCCGACGCUCCAACGAAACGGUCCGGCAUUGAGGCCGCGAAGACGAGAAACGCGACAGUAAGGAGCGCGGAGAACACACCGGUUGUGAACGCUGCCACKGACCGACGGGACGACUCUGCUUCCUGUUCGUCCAAAGAUGGAGACGAAUUCUUUGAUACCAUAACGUUCGACGAGGACAACAUGGAAGGAAUAAUCGAUGCGAUGACACCGCCACGGGUCCAACGAUACCUCGAGGAAUCGAGCACGAUGCAAAGUCCCAACACCAUCGGCACCGCCAUUUCCCUGGAUUGAAAACUGCCGCAAUAGCGAUAGAAACACUUUGUUUCCUGCGUGGUACGUGGCUGGGCCGAGUCAAACGAACUAUUAUUACCGGAGUAAAAUGAUGUAAUAUACAUAAUAUAUAUGU